AAAACAUACAAAUCAUAAAAUUUUAUACUAAAAUGCUAAAAGAUGGAUACAGAAGAGCAAAAUAUUGAAAACAAUAAUAAGAUAUUAAGUGUAGAGGAUCUUAAUAUAGACAUUUUACCGAUAAUAUACGAUAUUAUUAAAAGUGUCGAGAAAGACAAUCAUCACGAUAAUACGGCAAAGACAAGGGAUUCACAAGAUUGCUCUCAGAAAGUUUUAGAGCUACAAAAAAGACUAGAUCAAGCCAGAGCUGAGAUCCGGAUGCUUCCAGGCAUUGAUUACAGUAAAGACCAACAGUUAAAUCACCUUGAAGCACUUAAAACCCAACUAAGACUUAAACAAGAACUACUACAGAAAUACCGUUAUAUGUACCCAUUUGAAACACAAAAGUCAUAAAAUGGUGUUUCGUUUCAUAAUCAGAUUAUUAGCUAACAAUGAACACUUGGUUCAAAAACUUAGUGAGUCAUAUCCUAUGCGUAGAGCUGCACAGUUAGUAGUAAGAGUAAUGUUUACUGGCAAAAACUUCAUAGAAGAGCAACGACUCCAUGAAAAACUAAACCCUGAACAGUUUAGAGCUCUCAUGAGAGAUGUAAGUGCCAAUUUUCAAAAUCGAAUCAAGGAAGCUCAAGAUACCAUCCGUAAGAAAAUGAAAUAGUCUCAAAACCUACUUAAAUUAAAUUUUUAGUAAUAAUCUUGUUGAAUUUAUUUAUUUAGAAAUGUAUUCAUUUAUUGCUAUUUUUUUUACAAAAUUAUGUACCAAUAAAAUUUUAAUCUC